GUAGAAAAAUAAACUUGCAACUCUACAAAAAAAAACAAGAAGAUAACACAAAAGCUUUCCCUCCUUUGUAUCAAUAUAGGAAAAAAAAAUGAUGGAUUCAUUAGCCAAAUGCUUCAACGGACUUCAAGAAAGAUACGAGAGCGUUCUAGAAGCAAAAUCAAUCUUCAAAGACGACUUAACAUCGCCUCUGAAUGGAUCAGAGUGUUCAGUAGAACCCAUCAAAAAGUCUCGUUACUUGCAAAGAGCCAAGAGGAUUGACAGAUCCCUAAGGUUCGAAGAUGAAGAUGAAGAGAUGGCAAAGCCUUUGAAGCCACGUAAAGUUGUGAGGUUUCAGUUGGAGAAGAAUAAGAUUUUCGAGCCCAACAAGCCAGUGAGGUAUGAGUUCGAACCUGAGGAGAAGCCUCUGGAAGAUAAAGAAGGUUCGAAUAAGGUUGAAGGGAAGGAGGAAGUAGUGAGGGUGAAGAUCAAGAUGACCAAGCAGGAAGCUCAGAGACUACUAGCGAAAUGUAAAGACGACAGCGUUUUGGAUUUGGAGCAUGUAGUGGACCAGAUUGCAUACUUUUCAAAUCAUCAGCUUCAACUGGAUGUUGUGGUGGUGGCUUCUAAGUUGUAAUGAUGAGAGAAAAAGGAAAUGGCUGCUGGUUAUCGAAUAACUUUUAGUUUUUUUUCCUUUUAGUUUCAAACUUAUUCGUCGAAGUUUUGUAGUUUUAGAGUAAUAAUAUAUCUAUCAAGUCAUUGUGUGUAUAUAUAUAUCUUGUCACAUAUAUAACAAGGUUUUGGGUUUA